AUGCUAUCUUUUUGGUUUGACAGCACCGCCUACCGUACGCGAUGGAGGGACCAAAGUGCUAUGGACCAAUAUGUGUCACAGUACGACAGACCCGCCAUGCAUGACGCCAUUCGCAAACUGAAAGGAGCUUGUGAUUCUACCUCGCCGCCAUUGACGCUUCAGGAAGCGGCGUUGCGCUGGAUUGUCAAUCACUCGGCACUGGGUGAUGGUGAUGGAGUCAUUGUUGGUGCUAAGCGUAUUGACCAACUGGAGUCGAACGUAAAAGAUGCUCGGGCUGGUCCCUUACCAGAACACGUACGAGACACAAUUGAAGGGCUCUGGUCAGAGGUGGAUAUGGAUUAA